AAAUUAUUUGUAUCGCCUCCAUCUUGUACAUAGUACGAGGCUUUAAACACUGUUCACAAACAGAAUCACACGACUUUCCAACUUCUCCUCUUGACCUCUUAACAGUCACACACCUCCAAUCCGACAUCAUGUUAAAACAAGUUAUUUCUAGGUCGUCCCGAGCUAUAUCGUCCAGCUCAAGAACAAUUGUGCGACAACCUCUAUUACGGACACAAUUUUCUCCGGCACCUUCAACCUCCCUACAAUCCGCAUUCAUCCCAAGUCUAAGAUGGUAUAGUGACCAGACAGAGACGACAGCUAAGAAGGAUGGCGAGGAACCUGCUGCUCAAACAGAGGCCAAAGAGACCAAGAAGGCUGAAAAGGAUGAAAGCUCCAAUGCGCCGUCGGACGUUGAAGCCGAGCUCAGGAAGAAGCUAGAAGCUAAAGAGAAGGAAGCCAUUGACUGGAAGGACAAGUUCCUUCGGUCAGUAGCGGACUUUCGCAACCUUCAAGAUCGAACACAGAGGGAGAUGAAGUCAGCACGCGACUUCGCCAUCCAGAAAUUCGCCAAAGACCUAGUAGAUAGUGUCGACAAUCUUGAUCGGGCUUUGAUAAUGGGCCAAGAGAAGAUCAAGUCAGCUGACGAAGAGAACAAGAACGAGGAUCUAAUGAACUUCUAUGAAGGUGUCAAGAUGACCGAAACCAACAUGCUACAGACCUUACAGAAGCAUGGCUUGGAGAGGUUCAGCCCCGAGGGAGAGAAGUUUAAUCCUAAUGAGCAUGAGGCGACCUUCAUGACUCCGAUGCCCGGCAAGGAAGACAACACGGUCUUUCAUGUCCAACAGAAGGGAUUCAAGUUGAACGGAAGGGUACUUCGAGCGGCCAAGGUUGGCGUAGUAAAGAGCCAAUAAACGGCCUGACGACUUGAAUGAUCAUGAUCACGAUCUAUCGCCCACUAUCACCAUCACCACCACCACCACCAUCAUCAUCACUGUAUAAUAUUACCAAAAAGACCUUGUACACCAC